AUUAAGGCUAAAACAAUUCUAAACGAAGCCUACGCCUACUUGGGAUGCGGCUGCAUUCUUACAUGUUAACGCGAGUCAUUUAUCGUAUGAAUUGCCACAUGCGCAUUGUUGCUACAUGUGAAAUCAAACUAGGUAUGAACAACAUGUAACUUCGAAUGAAAUAUAAAACAUUUAUUAUUAUUUGGAAAACCUGACAGUUACAAACCACUAUCUCCAAUGUUUCACUUGAUCACAACAGCCAUUGUACAAUCUGGGACAAAUACUAAGAGUAAAAAGUCCCAAACUAGAAAAAAUAUUUCUCGAACCGGCUUUGAAAAUGUUUUGAGUUGGCCAACUUGCUUCUUGUGGCCCAUUCUCUCUCGUUGAAAUUAAAAUCUGGUUGAAACAUGGCCGAUGUGAGUGGUUUGGAAAUGGAUGUGUGUGGCGAAAUUGACGAAGCAAUUGUCGUGGAACAAGACGAUUAUUUGGCUGAGCAGAAAAAAGAAACUGGCAAUCAGUUAUAUAAGGCAGAAAAAUACCAGCAAGCUGUCACUUACUACUCUGAAGCAAUAGAUCUAUGUCCGGAGACCGCAUCCUACUAUGGGAACCGCGCUGCUUGCUAUAUGAUGCUGCAUCAGUACCGAGAUGCAUUAGAGGAUGUUAGGAAGUCAGUGUCUUUGGAUGACACAUUUGUGAAGGGUUAUGCUCGUAUGGCCAAGUGCGCACUUGCUCUUGGAGAUGUGGCUACAGCAGAAAAUGCGAUUGCAAAAGUCAAAGAGCUUGAACCACUGAAUGCAAGCAUUUUGGUGGAAGCAAACAAAUUGGAUAGUGUCAAAAGGUUCGAGGAAGAAGGUCAUAAGGCUUAUGCUAAGCAAGAUUAUAGAAAGGUGGUAUUCUGUAUGAAGAAAGCCUUGGAAGAUGCUCCGUACUGCACACGUUACAAGCUGAGGAAAGCCGAGUGUUGGGCUUUCCUGGGGAAGUACCAGGAGGCACAGGAGAUUGCCAAUGACAUCCUUCAUGUCGACAAGCAGAAUGCAGAUGCUGUGUACGUGCGUGGCAUGUGCCUUUACUACCAAGAUAACGUGGAGCAUGCUUUCAGCCACUUCCAGCAUGUUUUGCGACUUGCCCCAGACCACAAGAAGGCUAAGGACAUUUAUAAGCGUGCAAAAGCUCUGAAGCAGAAGAAAGAAGAAGGCAAUGAUGCAUUCAAAGCAGUGAGAUUCCAGGAAGCAUAUAAACUGUACUCAGAGGCAUUAAGUAUUGAUCCACACAAUGAUGCUGUAAAUGCAAAGCUGUACUUCAACAGGGCAACGGUUUCAGCAAAGCUUGGUCGACUGAAUGAGUCAAUCACAGAUUGCACUUCAGCUCUCAAAUUGGACGAGACGUACAUGAAAGCUCUCUUGCGACGUGCCAAGUGUCACAUGGACUUGGAGAACUUCGAAGAAGCAGUUCAUGACUAUGAAGUUGUAGUGAAGAUGGACAAGAGUCGAGAAAACAAGAGACUUUUGCAAGAUGCAAAGUUCUGUCUGAAGAAGUCCAAACGCAAAGACUACUACAAAAUUCUGGGAAUUGAUAGGAAUGCUUCAACAGACGAGAUCAAGAAAGCCUAUCGCAAGAGAGCUCUGGUGCAUCAUCCAGAUCGUCACGCAAGUGCUUCGGAUGGUGAAAAGAAAGAACAAGAAAAGAAGUUCAAAGAACUGGGGGAAGCAUAUGGAAUAUUGUCCGACCCCAAGAAAAGAGCUCGUUACGAUAGUGGCCAAGAUUUGGAAGAAAGUGACGGAUUAGGAGGUGACAUCGACCCCAACAGUGUGUUCCAAGCAUUCUUCGCUGAGCCUGGCGGUGGUGGGGCACAUUUCAACUUCGGGAGCAGUUUCCCGGGCGGCUUUGCUUUUCAGUUCGGUUAAACCCCUUGUGGUACGUGAGAGACGAGACUUCGACGUUAAACAUUCCACAACUCGGUCCACAUUUGUGAAAAUUUUUCCGAACCCUGCCUAACAAAAUUUUCAGCCGGAGUUCCAAUCUGCUGUUCUUACAAAUUGUCAAUAUUGCAAUAAAAUAAAAUGGCAUGCUUUCAAAAUAACAAAAUGAAAAGUGGGAUACUUUAUUAACAGUCAGAUUCCAGAGCUUGCUGUACUCAUAAGUGACAUAUUCUUGGAGUCUAAUGCAAGAUUCUUGUUGCCAAAACUAUUAUUGCCUUUUUGUGUUUAACAUGGUUUGCAGCCAGUAAAUGUACAGUGCUGAUCUAGACACUUAUUUAUUGUUUUUAUCAUUAAUAGCAUUGUUAGACUUGUGUAUAUUUUAGAAAUUUAAGUUGAGUUAUUUGUCGACUGUUAUUUUUUAAGUAGAAGCGUAGAAGUUAUGAGUCUGCUAGCACAUCUUUGAAAGAUUUUUAUUGACAUGUAUUGUGUACAUUACUAUUUAGAAAAGGUGUGUCAUUUCCUACUAAUUAAACUUAUUAAACAAAAA